AUGGCUAAUAGUACAAAUCAUAUUGAUGAUGAUUUAAAUAUAAAUAAACCAUCUGAAGACAUUAAUGAAUUAAUUUAUGAAAUUACUAAAUGUUUAAAUAAUGAACAAUUAUUAGGAUGGUUUUAUGUUGUAUUAGAAAAUAAAACAUUUCGGAUAACAAUUAGUGGAAAAUUAAAGAAUUUAUUCAAUUCAUUAGAUGGUGUAAAUAAUAAGUUAUUAUUUUUAAAUCAGACGUUACCAGCAACAACACCAACAACCAUUAAACGAAGAAAAAAUUCAAAUGCAGAAGAUAUAUACUUCAAUGAAUACGGACAACCAUUUUGUUGA